GAGAUAACGGUUUGCUUGAGCGGUUGCUGUCGUUGGUUGCUUUAUCAAGAACGUCGUUUAGCCUACUAUCACAUUUAUUCAUAUGCCUACUACCGUAUGUAUAGGCUUAGGCUACUGCAAAUAGAUUAUCAGUCUGUUGGAAAGCUAGCUAUGCGUUUUUUGUGUGAAAACUGCAGCAGCGCAAUAGCUUUUUUCUUGUAUGAGACGUCGCUCAUUGACUGGUUGGUGCGGGGGAGUCAGUGCGUUACAACUAUUCUCGGAACAAGUUAAUUUUAAGGUGACUUUUUUCUCUAUUGGAUUUGAGGAGGGCUUUCACUUAGAAAACACGCCCUCUCAAGUCUGACAAAUAUUAGAAUUUCACUUGCCUGUGUCUGCUUGUCAGUGCGUACACGAAGAGAGGGUUUUGGCUGUUUAGGCUACCUAUUCAAGAGGUAUUUUAGACUAACAUUUCGUGUCAAUAGAGUAAACCACUGUCAAUGGUUUGCAGGCUUAACUUAAUUCGGAUUUCGUUUAAUUAGUAAUUCACCAACAAGAAGGCACUGAACGCUGAACUGCAUAGGUAGCUGUUCCAUGGAGAAGGAUUUUGCGACGCCAUCUAGGGAUGCAGGGCCGAGCAUGGCCACAGGCUCGGGGGCUGCAGAUUCCGCCUUGCCGGAAGAGACGCAGCCACCCAAACCGCCCGGCCAACAUGCGGUGUCCGUUUUGUGGUCCUUUGGAAAAUGCCUGGCUACACUUUUGCCAGUUUACCUGGCAGGAUACUUCGGGUUUAGUAUCAGCUUAGUUCUGUUCGGUCUGAUGGUCUACAUGGGAUGGAAACACAGUCGCAACGAGAAAGUGAUGCGGCUGCGGUCAGCCAUGUACGUAUUGGAGAACGAGAGAGCAUACACCACUGCAAGUGCUUUUAGGAGUAAACGGGAAUUACCCCCAUGGGUCAACUUUCCGGACGUGGAGAAAGUUGAGUGGAUGAACAAGAUUCUGCAGCAGGCGUGGCCGUUCGUGGGCCAGUAUCUGGAGAAGUUACUGGUCGAAGCCAUUGCUCCAGUCAUACGUGCAUCCAACACCCACCUACAGACCCUCAGCUUCACCAAAGUCAACCUAGGGGACAAGGCCAUGAAGGUUGUGGGAGUGAAGGCUCACACGGAGCACGACAAGCGGCAGGUCUUACUGGAUCUGUACAUUAGCUAUGCGGGUGAUGUGGAGAUCAAUGUGGAAAUCAAAAAGUACUUUUGCAAAGCGGGAGUGAAAGGAGUACAGCUACAUGGAAUGUUGAGGGUUAUACUGGAGCCCCUGAUUGGAGACGUUCCUUUGGUGGGAGCCGUCACCAUGUUCUUCAUACGCAGGCCUAAGCUGGACAUCAACUGGACUGGGCUGACCAACUUGCUCGAUAUCCCUGGACUCAAUGCCAUGUCGGACACUAAGAUAAUGGAUGCUAUAGCCUCGUACCUGGUCCUCCCCAACCGCCUCACUAUCCCCCUGGUGGCCAACCUGCACGUUGCGCAGCUCCGCUCCCCUCUCCCACGGGGAGUGGUGCGUAUCCACCUGCUGGAGGCGGAGGAGCUGACAGCCAAGGAUACGGUCAUUAAGGGGAUAAUAGACGGGAAGUCUGAUCCGUACGCUGUGCUGCGUGUGGGCACACAGACCUUCACAUCACACACCGUGGACAGCAACCUCAACCCACAGUGGAGAGAGAUGUAUGAGGUGAUUGUCCAUGAAGUGCCGGGUCAGGAGUUGGAGGUGGAGGUGUUUGAUAAAGACCAGAACCAGGAUGACUUCCUGGGCAGGGUCAAGAUGGAUCUAGAUAUCGUACACAAGGCCAGAGUUCUAGAUGAGUGGUUUAGUCUGAAGGAUGUACCAUCUGGCAGUGUUCACCUCCGUCUGGAGUGGCUCUCUCUGCUGUCCUCUGCUGACCGACUCAAUGAGGUUAUCCAGAGGAACCAGAAUAUGACCUGUAAGACAGCAGACCCUCCUUCUGCAGCCAUCCUGGCUGUCUAUCUGGACCGGGCUCAAGACCUGCCUAUGAAAAAGGGUAACAAGGACCCCAGCCCCAUGGUGCAGCUGUCCGUAGAAGACACAACCAAGGAGAGUAAGACUUGUUAUCUUACCACUGACCCAGUGUGGGAAGUUGCCUUCACAUUCUACAUCCAGGACCCUCGCAAACAGGAAAUUGAUAUUCAGGUGAAGGAUGAUGACCGGGCUCUGUCUCUGGGCAGUCUGUCCAUCCCUCUGUCCCGUCUGCUGGCUAGUCCUGACCUCAGCAUGGACCAGUGGUUUCAGCUGGACAACUCUGGCCAGGCCAGCCGCAUCUAUAUCAACGCUGUUCUGAGGGUGCUCUAUUUAAAUGAGGAUGCCUCUCCUACCAGCCCCGUAUCUCCUCACCCCCUAAGCCCAGGGUCAGGCCACGGAGAUGGGGGUAUCUCAUCAGAGGUGACCCCUGGGGGAGUGAGUGGAGCCCCCAAACCUGUACCCACCCGACCCCAGCAGACCACCCCUGACUCGGACUUUGCUAGUGAGGGUGUGCUGCGUAUCCACCUGGUGGAGGCCAGUAACCUGAUAGCCAAGGACUUCAUGGGGGGCAUGGUGAAGGGGAAGAGUGACCCCUACGUCAAGAUCAGGGUCGGGGGAGUCACCUUCCGCAGCCACACCAUCAAAGAGAACCUCAACCCCUACUGGAACGAACUCUACGAGAUCAUCCUAACUCAGCUGCCUGGUCAGGAGAUCCAGUUUGAGCUGUUUGAUAAAGAUCUGGACCAGGAUGACUUCUUGGGCAGGUUCAAGUUGAACCUGCGAGACAUCAUCAGCCCACAGUUCACUGAUGAGUGGUACACUCUGAAUGAUGUGAAGUCAGGUCGGGUUCACCUGUUCAUGGAGUGGCUCCCCAGGCUCUCAGAGUCCGCCAGACUAGAUCAGAUCCUUCAGUUCCAGGCCGAGCAGCAGUACCAGAACAAGGCAGUGCUGUCGGCUGCUGUGCUGUUUGUGUAUGUGGAGAGAGCACACAGCCUGCCGUUGAAGAAGAACGGAAAAGAGCCAAAAGUGGGGGCAGAGAUUCUGCUGAAGGCCAUGUCAUACAAGACCAAGGUGUGCGAGCGCUCUACGUCUCCUCGGUGGGAUGAAGCUUUCCACUUCCUGGUUCGUGACCCUAAAGAGGAACUCCUUAUAGUGAAGUUGUCCCACAGCUGGGGCCAGGCCAUGGGCACGGUGGUACUACCACUGAGAGAGGUUCUGUCAGAGCAGGGCCUGGUGCUGGACCGAUGGCUGAGUCUGGACGGGGCCCUCCCUGAGAGCCAGAUACUACUGAGGGCCACACUCAAGAUCUUGGACACCCAGCUGGCAGUGUGUCAUAGUGAUGGCACUAGGGAGGGCAGUGAGGACAGAGACCAUGUCAUCCACAGACGGGACACUGAACCAAACCUACGACACCGAUCACCGCUCUCUCAACUGAUGCGAGGAGAGGACGGAGGAGAGGACGCGAGGAGUCGAGCAAAACCAAUUGAGAUUCUCCCCCUGUCUACCUGUGUCUCCUCGCUCAGAGGUGAUCAGAGCCCCGGCCAGGUGAAGCUGCAAAUUGGCUACUCAAUAGAGGAGAACCGGCUGUUCAUCACCGUCCUUUCCUGCAGGGGCCUGCCAGCUUGUGGGUCUGCUAAGGACGGGUCCGACCCCUAUAUCUCCUUCAUCCUUCUGCCAGACAAGAACAGGAUCACCAAGAGAAAGACCAACACCAAGAAGAGAGACCUCAAUCCUGAGUUCAACGAGAGGUUUGACUUUGACUUCUCUCUGGAGGAGUCCAUGCAGAGAAGACUGGACCUGACUGUCAAAAACAACGUCUCCUUCAUGAGCCGGGAGAGAGAGCUCAUUGGAAAGUUACAGCUGGAUUUGGAUCAGAUAGACCUGAAGAGUGGCAAUGCACAAUGGUACGAUUUGGUAGAGGAGACCAAUUAGAUGAGAGGAUGGUCUCGCUUUCCCGCAGUGCAAUGUUCCUUUUACGAUCACUUCUUCAGUUGUUUGUUUUAUAUUUUUAUUCAGCUUAUGAGCCAUGGGGCCACCACUGAAGAAUUGCUUACAUUUACAUAUCAUCCCAACAAUACCCCAAUUCAUUUGUAAAUUGAAUUCCUCCAAUCAAUGACAGAUUUGGUCUGUGUUACUACUGUGCUAUGAAGGCUCUGGAAAGAGAGAAUUCCUAAAUCCAGAGUCAUGAGAACAUUUUAUUUAAGAUUGUUUGGCUGAAUAGAUAUUUGAUAUGAAAGCAACUAUGAAAUAAGAAAUAUACACUGAUUGCACAAAACAUUAAGAAUACCUUCCAACUAUUGAGUUGCACCCCCCAUUUUGUCCUCAGAACAGCCUAUAUUUGUCAGGGGCAUGGACUAGAAGGUGUUGAAAGUGUUCCACAGGGAUGCUGGCCCAGGUUGACUUUUAUGCUUCCCACAGUUGUGUCAAGUUGGCUGG